AUGAUUUCAAUAAAGCAAGCAUGCUUGGCGUCAGGACGUAGCAUUGGCUCUGAUGUUAUGCACCUGAGCAAGGUUUCUUAUCUGCAAAAUGGAAACAAUAUGAGUACACCUACUUACUGCAUAGGAAUGAUCUCUGUGCGCCAGGGCCGUCUACUGGGCUUGGGCCCCGGGGAACAGAGCGGAGCGGGGACACUGCGGCCCGGGAGUGUUUUCAGUUCAGUCUCCAAUCGCUCAUUCCCCACUUCCCCUCCCAAGCUUCCUCCAAUCCCAUCAGAAGAGGAAGGAACAAAAGGUCCCGGACCCCCGGAUCUGACCGGGCGGGACCUGCUGCCUGGUAAGAGCUUGUCGUCCAUCUUGCCAUUCACUCCACCAGUGGUUAAGAGGCUCCUAGGAUGGAAGAAAUCAGCUGGUGGGUCCAGAGGAGCAGGCGGAGGAGAGCAGAAGGGACGGAAAGAAAAGUGGUGUGAGAAAGCAGUGAAAAGUCUAGUGAAGAAGCUAAAGAAAACAGGACGAUUAGAUGAGCUUGAGAAAGCCACCACCACUCAAAAUUGUAGUACUAAAUGUGUUACUAUACCCAGGUCUCUUGAUGGUCGUCUUCAAGUUUCACAUGGAAAAGGAUUGCCACAUGUUAUAUAUUGUCAGUUAUGGCACUGGCCUGAUCUCCACAGUCAUCAUGAACUGAAGGCAAUUAAAAAUUGUGAAUAUGCUUUUAAUCUAAAAAAGAAUGAAAUAUGUGUAAACCCUUACCACUGUCAGAGAGUUGAGACACCAGUUUUGCCUCCGGUAUUAGUGCCAUGGCACACUGAGAUUCUAACAGAGCUACCACCUCAGGAUGAUUACACCCACUCCAUUCCAGAAAACACUAAUUUCCCAGUGGGAAUUGAGCCACAGAGUAAUUAUAUGCCAGAAACACUACCACCUGGAUAUAUCAGUGAAGACGGAGAAACAAGUGAUAAACAGUUGAACCAAAGUAUGGACACAGGCUCUCCAGCAGAGCUGUCUCCUACUACUCUCUCCCCUGUUAAUAAUAGCGUGGAUUUGCAGCCACUUACUUACUCUGAACCUGCAUUUUGACGUUCAAUAGCAUAUUAUGAAUUAAAUCAGAGGGUUGGAGAGACCUUCCGUGCAUCACAGCCCUCACUCACUGUAGAUGGCUUUACAGAUCCAUCAAAUUCAGAGAGGUUCUGCUUAGGUUUACUCUCCAAUAUUAACUGAAAUGCUACAGUAGAAAUGACUAGAAGACAUAUAAGAAGAGGUGUGCGCUUAUAUUACAUAGGUAGGGAAGUUUUUGCUGAGUGCCUAAGUGAUAGUACAAUCUUUGUGCAGAGCCCCAAUUGUAAUCAGAGAUAUGGCUGGCACCCUGCAACAGUGUGUAAAAUUCCACCAGGCUGUAACCUGAAGAUCUUUAACAACCAGGAAUUUGCUCCUCUUCUGGCUCAGUCUGUUAAUCAGGGUUUUGAAGUGGUGUAUCAGCUAACUAGAAUGUGCACCAUAAGAAUGAGUUUUGUGAAAGGGUGGGGAGCAGAAUACCAAAGGCAGACAGUAACAAGUACUCCUUGCUGGAUUGAACUUCAUCUGAGUGGAGCUCUACAGUGGUUGGACAAAGUAUUUACUCAGAUGAGAUCCCCUUCAGUGUGCUGCUCAAGCAUGUCAUAA